AACCUUCCUUUUUAACUUCUAGUGGUUGCACUCUGAGCCAUGCUGCUGGCUGUGUAACCCUCUGCAGAGCUAAUAAUUAAAGCUCUAUGGCAACUCCGGUCUGAGAAACUCAUUAUUUCAAAUCUCAUGAUAAAUUUCAACGACAUCACAACACACCCUCCACCUCCUCACCCUCCGAAGAAGCGUGGAGUUGUGCCAAUGUUGCAAGGUGUCCGCGCACGGACGCACACGGGGUCUCUCGAUAAAAUAGACGAGCGAGCACGAACAAAGUUCACUUGUAAACAAACCUGCAGCGGAUCUGCGGAGCUUCUGGAGCCCACGAUGUGCAGCCGGAGAACAUGUGUGAUUCUAGGCGUCAUCGGCGUCCUGCUCGGCGUCAUCAUCACCGUGGCUGUGGUGCUGACACUCCCACUCAAAAGAACUUUCAUCCGCAGGUGUGAGCUGUUCCCAGGGUACGACUGUGAAAACUUAUGGUCUGUGUUCCAACAAGCCUACGUAGGCAAGGACCCUUGUAACGUUCCCAUGGAAGCCUACGACCCUCUCAUCGCCGCAGCCCCCUUCAAACCGGCAUGCAACAGAAUGAUGUUCUGGAGCAAAACUAAAGACCUGGUCCAGGAUUUCACUAAGAAGCGCGGAUGUUUCCUCACCCUGGAGAAGACGUUGCUGGGAUCUGUCCUGGACGAUCUGUCAUGGUGCGGGGAGGAGGGCAGCAGCGAAACGUUCAAGAGGUUCUGCCGGAGGAAAUGCGAGAACAACCCCGUCGGCUCGUUCUGGAGAAGAGCCUCGGCUGCUUUUGCAGAUGUGGCCUGUGGUGACGUCACAGCGGUGCUAGACGGAUCCAUCGAGAAGCCGUUCGACCCCGAGAGUACCUUUGGAAGCAUCGAACUCAAAAGGUUCAAGUCCCCUAGAGUGAGAAGCCUGAAGAUCGUUCUGGUCUCACGGAAGAAGGCUUUGUCGAACUGUAUGAAUACAUCUUUGCAGGAUUUACAGAGAGAGCUGGGUGCAGGAAUUACAUACAGCUGUACAGAAAUGACUGAAUCUCAGUUCAAUGAGUGCAGCUCUGAUCCAGAGAAACCUUGCGGCCCCUGCUGGUGAAAAUGUCCAAUGACAAGAGGAAACCAAAACCUGCUGUAAAUCUACAGUUUGUUUUUCAUGAAUCAAAAUGUGCCUUUUAAAUGUAUUUAGUAGAUUUUGGGCCAGUUUGACAUAAUGUGAAAUGAUGGGUUAACAUUUUUUGUAUUUUGAAAUGAAAAGAUUCAGGGUGUGAUGAGGAGUUUUGUAGCCAGUUUAAACCACUUGUCAUCGAGGGUAAAGUUCCACUGCUUAAUGGUAAAUGAUUAUUUUUAUAUAAAAACGCUUUCCUUGUGAUUGAUAACCACAAGCUGCUCCGUCCUCAUUAUCUUUAACUGACAACCUCAGGUGCUAUCGUCAUUUCCUGUAACUUUUUUACAGUAAAAACCAUCAGACUGUAUUUAACCCCGCUACAAUUUUUAAGUAUUGAAAUGAUGCCAUUUCGCAAUAAUGUCAUCAUGGCGUUACAAUGAACAACGAUUGGUUAAUGUAGAUAAAACUAGAGAUUGUAUCUCUAAUUUUAUUGGCUGCAAAACUUAACCAGUUAUAAACUAUAUGAUGUAACGUUCUGACUUUAUAGAGACCAAGUGCCAGUAAAUAUUUUUUUUAUAUAAAUGAUUUUUUUAACUAUGCAUGACAUCCUUUUCUGAUGUCACUGAUCACAUGAUAGGGAAUAAUUUUCUCAUCAAUACAAACCAUAGAUCUUUUAUUUGACCACUAUCUUGUAAAAAUGACAUUUAACCUUUGACCUUUAUCCAAUCAGCCAAGAAAGGUUAUUUAUAAUAUAUAAUAUAAUAUUCCCUCCAGGUUUGGUGAUAAAGUGUUCAUAUGUUUCCGAGUUAUUUUAUACAAACACACACACAAGGGGAAAGAUUGUCUGUGCAAAGUUGUGUGGCAUUGUGGUACAAACUAAAUAAACUUUUCUCUGUGUUAUUCCGACUUUGGUCCAAGUGUGACAAAAAAGAAACAACUGGAUGAAAAAUGAAUGUGAACGUGCCUGAAAGAGAACGAGAGUCUCUCACCUGACAAGCCGUCAUUUAUUCUACCUCUCACUGCCAUGUGACCAUCACACCUCUCACCAAAUGUCUUUCCAUCAGUUCUUACACUAGACACGUUUCCAGGGAGCUCUGAUUGGUCGUUUACAAUAGUGGCAGUAGAUAAGAAAAUUGACACAUUUACAUGCUCUGGAGUCUGCCAUGUUGAAAGUGUCCAAGUCAAUAACGAAUCUUUAACUUUUCUUCAUUUCUGCUCCGUUCUUUCUGAUUCAUCGCUGUGCUGCUGUCAUAUUGUUUCCAGAUUAAAGUCUUGGUCUGGUCCAGCUCCACCUGUCACGUCUACAUCAGUCUUUAGGUUCAGAUUCACCUUGGGACUUUAGUUUUUAUGUGUUUUUAAUAAAAAUGCUUCUGGUUCUGA